AUGAGUCCUACAAAUAAUUAUGGCAGGCCGGGCGAGGAAAUGUUCCUGAACAAUCCUCCGGCCAGUCGUCGAGAUGGCGAUGAAUCCCCAAUCGUGGAGCCUCUCAGAAUAUACAAGCCCCCGUCGACAUCAACGCCUACCCCGCCGUCAGCUACUGCUACUGCUCUCCCUUACCCCGAUGACCGCCCACGACCACCAAAAUCCCAAUCGCCAUCCAGUCAAACACCCUACCCCGAACCAAAUAGUCGCAUUACAAGUCCAGCGCAAAGCACAUCGUCCGCAGACUACCCCGCUGCUCUGCGGCCUCGUGAAGGACGAGAACCAAAGCCCUCUCUCGCCGAGAGACGCGGCAAUGCGCCUCCGAAGCCUCUACCGGAGUCUCCAGGACCAGAUACUCCAGAUAAAGACGAACUUUUCCAAAAGUUCCCUCCCCCGGGACAACCUCGUCCUGUGGCAAGUGAAGCCAACAGCAACAAUGCACAAUCUAAUCAACCCUUUUUCCCACCCCCAACCGCCGCCUCCGCAGCCCAAGCUCGCUUGAAAGCAUCUAACCCGGCUUCCAUUAAUCGGAUUAGCUCUACUGCAUCCAACUCGACAACGCGCGCACAGAGAGGAUCACCACCGCCUCCGGAAACUCCAAUCGUGGGCCCCGGUCAACGGCCAGGAGCUGACAUCGAGGCCCGCUUUGCAGCUGCAGGAAUUGCAGGUACAUCUACUCUAGCUGGCUUGCAGGCUCGAAAUGCGGCUGCCCAGCAGCGAGCGAAUCAGUACGCUGGUCAAGCUGAAGUACAACGACCCUGGACUCCCACCGAACAACCCGGUAGCCAACCACAUGGGCCUCCCACCGUCUACCAGGGUUCCAGCGAAAUUGGUGCCCAGCAGUAUAUUUCGCCUGCAUCUACUCCAGCUGUACCUCAACAAACUCCUCUGCCCAACAGUGUCGAGAGGCAGGCGAUCCCUCCCAAUGCUUUGGAGCAAGAUCUCCAGCGGAUGAAUCUUAGUUCUUCUCCGCCGCCGGCAUAUUCAACUGUCCCUGGAGCAAACUCUUCUCAAUCGUACCCCAAUGAAAAGGGGCGACCGGCAGCUGCUUCUCCUCCCUCCCAAGGAUAUCCAGCCUCAUCCGCUGCACCAUCCGUUGCUGGCUCAGCGGCGGGAGCCGUGACUGGAAUUGCUCCAAUCAAUUCACCAGCACCUUCAGUACAGAGCCAUCCGGCAUUCGCUAACGAUCCGAGACAACAACCACAACAACACAUACCACAAACACAAACACCUGUUCAACAACAGCAACAGCAAAUCUUGUCGCCCCAACAAGGCUAUCCGGCCGGAGUAAUAACUGAGCAAAGUGCCCAGUCUGUUACUUCUCCAGCUACGUCACAAUUCCCCCCGGCUUCCCCUCCACCUUUGCCAGAGGGCUGGAUUGCUCACUUGGACCCAAACUCCGGGCAGUAUUACUACAUUCACCUCCCUACACAGUCUACGCAAUGGGAAUUUCCAAAGGGGCCAACGCCUCUCAACUUAAAUGAGACGCCCCUAUCGCCUGUUAACAGUGUUUACAGUGCCCAUCCGCUUACAUCUCCGGCAUAUUCUACUUUCGGGGGCAAACCACUCGCAUCCCCAGGGGUCCCCAUGACCCCUAUGUAUGAGGGUAGUGUCAUGGGUCUUAGUAGUGUUGGAACUGCCAUUACUGGACCUCCCCCUACUAGUGGUGUCGAGCUGUACAAAGUUGCGCCUACGAAUGGAGUCUACUUUGGACCGUAUUUGCGGUACUGUAAUAUGGAUCUAGAAAGGGGGAUCUGGUUAGGGUCUAUCUUGCUUGUCACCGACGCUCCACAGCCUCCAACAAUCCAUAUUCAUCAGAGCAUUGAUUUGUCACCCAAUCCCAGACAACUAAAGGCGGUCAAUAUAUCUCAACACCAGCGCUGGGUGUUUUACAAGUAUGAUAUUGAUUUGCAGAUGGAAGAAUCUGGCCCUGCAAAGUGGACGUAUGCCAUCACCUCUCAUCUGGGCUGUACGCGCUACGAGUUUCUUGUCGCUGGACGAUACGAAACGAACUGGAGGUUUAUUGCCACCUCUGGCAAUGACUUUUCUUUGAAUGUCAAUGCUAAUGAACGGGCUCGCCUGGGUGGUGUCGGCUUUAUGUGGAAAGAUAUCAUGCAGAAAUAUGCCGAAGUUGGCGGGUUUCAUUGCCAACUCGGCCUUGGUGGUCAAAUAUCUGCAGAUCGUAUUUGGAAAGAGAUUCCUCUUCUCAGGCAGUGGCUGGCGAUACAUGGCAAAGAACAACGGAAGAAUACGCCCUGGACUACUGCACAUGAGGAAGAAGUCUCGCAUGCGUAUUUCCAUUACUAUACAAGUCAUUUUGAUCAGCCUUAUCUACGAGAGGCUUUUGCGCAAAUACCGCAUAUUCUCCAGUUAGACGACCAGGAUAUCUUUGACGGGUUCGGAUCUUAUCCACCACAUAUGCAAUUCUCAAACGUGUUUAAGAACAUCGGCCGUAUCGGUAUUGAGAUGUAUCUGCUAUUCCAACAUCACACAACCAUAGAGCUCCUUCGCAAUAUGAAUUCAGAUCAUGAUCUGUUCACGAUAACUGGAACGGGCUGGCAUUUCGUGAAAUAUUUGGGACCAGCAGUUGCUGUCGUCGGCCCUGACUGUCGGUCAGAGCGGAAUCCCCAUCAAGUUAUGGCAGGCCCGACAUACCAAGGCUUGUUCCCCAAAGUCGUCUUGUUACCUCCAAGCGUACAACAUUGUAUCUGGUUGCUUGCAGUUCCCCUGAUAUACCCACGUCUUGAAUCAACCGAACAGAUAGCGAACGCCGUGGCUACUGGUAAGAAAGCCGUUACCGGUGCAUAUAACCUCUUGGGCAAGGUGACCAGUUCGGUAGCGGGCGUUGUGGGAGCCAAAGAUGCGGUGGGCUCUGGAUUUGAUGCAGUCAAACGAGCAGUCGGCAAGAAUGGAUUGAUGGGCAGUGUGCUCAACCCAUUCGGCGAGAUUGACAUUGUCGACGAGUUCCGAGACCAAUGGACGCAUGACUCCAAGGAUCUUGAGCGCACAUAUCUGAUUCGCACGCUGCAGGGUAUCGCGAAACAAAAGUCCAUUCGCAUCACCUUUUUGUCUGGAGCAGUCAAUCUCUGUGGAGCAGGUCUAGUACAUGACCCGAGUCAUCCAUCGGACCACAAGACCAUGUAUCAACUCAUCGCAUCGCCCGUGGUCAACACCCCGCCAUCAUCAUAUAUCCUGAAACUACUUCAUAGCAAUAAACCGUUAUAUAUCCCUGCCAAUGGGCAGCGUUCCACCCCAUCACAACCAACUGAUACCAAGGAGGAUAUGCUUGAGCUUUUCCAAACUGAUGUCACAGGCACGCCCCGGGAACACCGUCGCCUGAUGGGACGGCGUAACUACGUCGCCAUUGUCGCCUAUGACCCGGAAGUUGUUGCAGGAGCAUUCGGUCAAAUCGAUAUACAACGUGGUGGUGGAAAACUCAGUCUUGCUGCCGAUUUUAUGGUUCAAGGUGAAGGUGCUUUUGGAAGUGUAGUCAAGUAUGGGCCUGUGAUUAUUCCGAGCUUGGCUUAUGGUCAAUAG